AUGCUUCCAGCUACUUCUGAAACAUUGGUAUUAGAGCUCGGAAAAUGGACCAAGCCCAUGCUUAUUGAUUUUAUUCUAAAUAAAACACUACCCCCGGGGGUAAAGGUAAGCGAAAGUCUAUUAUCACACCUCAAUACCAACACUUUAGAGCCUGAAUCAUCGGACACUACUUCCAAUGUUGCCACUAUAUUACAGUCAGUCGUAUUUGAGCUAAAAAACAUUUCCGAAAGUAAUCGGUUAAUUAACGUUAAAUUGAAUAGUAUUACUGACCCUAAUUCUAAUGGAAUGUCUCCCCGUAAUACAUUUUGUCAAGCAGUGAAUCGCGUACCUACAAUCUCGGCAGUUCCAGCUUCAACUCGUGUACAAGCGUCUGGCCGUCCUAAGUUAAUUUUUUCUUCUGGUAUAAUUACCUCCUCUGCCUUAUCUGCUGCUCCAACUCAGAAAUUCUCCGACCUGUUCGUCUCUUGGUUAAACCCUACUGCCACUGCCGAUCUGCUUAAAUCUAAAUUGUUCUCCGAAUUUGAAGACAUCACAGUGACUCAGAUGGUUAGGCCCUUUUCACACACAGACAGUUUCGGUGUACACGGCAACCGUUUACACGGAUGUAGACGUUUCACACAUACACGGUUUUCUUGCAGUUUCCGCACAGAAUAG